AUGUUAUUCACUAAAACUUCGUCGUUGAAAUGGAUACGCACGUUAUUUGCUAUUUGGCUGCAUCAGAUUGUAUGGGGAACGGUGGAGGCCAUCCAUCCAGACUGUGCCUUGGUGUCCCAACACAUGAAGACCCAGCAGAGCUGUAUCCACACACGCAGACAGGAGGGUCGCAACCGUUCUGCCAGGACAGGGUGUCGUACGGAGUGGGAUGAGGUCAGGUGCUGGUACCGGGCUGAUGUGGGCCAGAUUGUCAAUGUGUCUUGCUCAGACAUCUCCCAGCUCUUCGCCAACAAAGGUUACAUCUUCAGGAACUGUACGAAGGAUGGCUGGACAGAGCUGUACCCUACAUAUGAGGAGGCCUGUGAGUUCGCAGAGGAGUCAGAGACAGGAUCAGAGACAACAUACUUUUUGACCAUCAGUCAGGUGUACACUGCUGGAUACGCCACCUCCCUCAUCUCCCUCAUAUCAGCCAUUUUUGUCUUCGCUGUGUUCAGGAAGUUCCACUGUACCAGGAACUACAUCCACAUCAACCUCUUCUCCUCGUUCGUCCUGAGAGCCAGUGCCGUCUUCAUCAAGGAUGGGGUUCUCUUUGCUGAUGAGAACUUCGACCACUGCUUCAUGUCCACUACGGCGUGUAAAUCAGCAGUAGCGUUCUUCCAGUUCAGCAUCCUGGCUAACUACUUCUGGUUGCUGGUCGAGGGCAUGUACCUCCAGACCCUCCUUGCCCUCACCUUUGUCUCACACAAUAAGUACUUCUGGUGGUACACACUCAUCGGCUGGGGUCUCCCAACCACAAUAUUGUUGGUGUGGGUUCUAACACGAAACUUCUAUGAUAACAGAGGUUGCUGGGACGACACCGAUGUGGCCUUCAUUUGGUGGAUUAUCAAAGGGCCUAUAACUGCAUCACUGCUGGUCAACUUCAUCAUCUUCAUUAAUGUGAUCCGUAUUCUGGUCCAGAAGCUAAAAUCUCCCGGUGUCAGGGGACACAACACAGGCCACUUCAUGAGGCUGGCUAAGUCCACCCUGUUCCUGAUCCCUCUCUUUGGGAUGCAUUACAUGGUGUUUGCCUUCCUACCAGAGAACACAGGAGAGGAGGCACGCAUCUUCAUAGAGCUGGGUCUGGGAUCCUUCCAGGGCUUUGUUGUGGCUCUGCUCUACUGUUUCCUGAAUGGAGAAGUGCAGGCGGAGCUGAAGAAGCGUCUGUGGAAGUGGCAGACCCAGGGCUAUAUGAGCUACAGUAGGAGAAGACGCACCCUAUUCACAGAGAGCUCCACCGUCACACAGAUCUCCGUGCUGGAGAAGUCCUCCCCCAAGGAACUGCCCUGCAUCAGUGACACACACACUCACACACACCGACACACACACGCACUCACACACAGCUCUGUCUCAAUCUGUGACGACACACACACCCUAAAACACAACUCUGAUUCCACCUGCACUGACACACACACUAUCUGA